AUGGUUGUUGUCGUUCUUGUGGCAAUUGCGUCUCUGGAAAUCGUCUUUACCUGCAUUGAGGGAGGUUUUUCCUGGAACGAGAUGGAUGUUUGCAGUCCCUUGAAACCUGAUAGUAAACUGAAGCACAGGCCCUUAACUCCACUUAGAGUUGUGAGGGGUGUGAUAUGUUUAGUAGUGUUUCUCUCUACUGCUUUCAUGAUUCUUGUGUGCUUUGCGCCUAUCAUUGCUGUAAUUUUGCGCCUGUUGAGCAUACAUUGCAGCAGAAAAGCAAUAUCCCUCCUCUUUGGUAUUUGGCUGGCCUUGUGGCCCUUCCUAUUUGAAAAGAUCAAUGGGACCAAAGUGGUUUUUACUGGUGACACUGUGCCCCCGAAAGAACGCACUCUGCUCAUUGCCAAUCAUAAAACUGAGGUUGAUUGGAUGUACUUGUGGGAUCUUGCAUUGCGAAAAGGGUCCCUCGGCCACAUCAAAUAUGUCCUCAAGAGCAGCCUCAUGAAGCUGCCUGUCUUCGGUUGGGGCUUUCAUGUUUUGGAGUUUAUCCCUUUGAAGAGGAAGUGGGAAGUUGAUGAACCGGUUAUGCGCAAAUUGCUUUCGUCCUUUGCUGAUCCUGCAGACCCUCUGUGGCUCGCCAUUUUUCCUGAAGGAACUGAUUAUAAUGAAGAAAAAUGCAAAAAGAGUCAGAUAUUUGCUGCUGAAACUGGACUUCCUGUACUGUCACAUGUCCUGCUUCCAAGAACGAAAGGUUUUUGUGCUUGCUUGGAAGCUCUAAGAAGUUCUUUGGAUGCAGUUUAUGACUUGACAAUCGCAUACAAGAAUCAAUGCCCUUCAUUUAUGGACAAUGCGUUUGGCGUGGAUCCUUCAGAAGUUCACAUUCAUGUUCGCCGUAUCCCUAUUGAAGACAUCCCUGAGUCUAUCGCGGAUGCAGCUUCUUGGUUAACGGACACAUUCCAGCUCAAGGACAACUUACUCUCUGAUUUCAAUACUCGAGGCCAUUUCCCUAGUGAAGGAGGAGGAGGAGGAGGAGGCGAAGAGGAACUGUCCACAUUGAAGUGCUUGACCAAGAAGUGA